UGUCGUCACCUUCACACGGUGGCUGUCCGCCAUCACCAUUGCGAUCGCUGCUGUCCUCGCGCUGCUGCGUUUCUGCGCCUCUGCUUGUUAAACAGGAUUCGUGCAAAUCAUUGUGAAAUAUGUUAGGUUCGCCAUUGGACUGCAUGGGGAACAGGGGAAGGCACAGGUGUGUUUUCGCAACCGAAGCAGCAAAUAUGCCUGGUGCUUUGCUUUCCGGCUUCGUUUAAGUGAGAAUUUGUACUUUUAGUUGCUUACAGACUUGAAGUCAUUCAUCAUGGGACCAAUCCGAUACUGCAGUAACAAGCAGAAUUUUUCUUUCAAGAGUUUUUAUUUUACUGUUCGCAAGGCCAGGUGCAAUGAAACAUACAUCUCAGUAGUUGAAAUUGGUGACCAGAUCACUGUAAAUUAUCCAGUUCACAAAUGCAGUCGUAGCGGAUCUCAUUUUUCAUCAAUUACGGGAGCUCCGUGAGGAAAGUUGCUCCGGAAGACAUGGAGGAGGCAGCAUUAUGCGGGGUGGCGGUGACAGGGAUCAUGCUGGGAGUGCCCUUGUAUCAUAGUAUUGGAAAUUGUCGCCAAGGGCGCGUGAUGUCAGUGCAUCUAUUUCGCUGGUGGCUUGUUUGUGCUGUCAUGAUUGCUCUAGGCCUUGUUAUGGCCAUUCUUUUUGGUUGCUCUAUUCUUCUCCUAGCCAACCUUCCACCCCCCAAGCUAUCACCGGUCUCCACCAGCUGCAAGAUCUUAUCUAAAGAUGUGGAUCUCCGAUCUGCCAAGAUAUGUGUGGUUGACAAUUACAUCAUUGUGCCUAGCAGAGGCCGGGAUUAUGAAGGCCUCUCUAAGUUCCAGUGUUAUUUUGACUACUACUGGACCUCGGUGUUUAAGGUAGAAUACAGGCCCCAUGCUUCAUUGGUAGCUGUAGAAACUGCUGCGGAAUCCCCAAAGGAAUCUUUGCCUCAGGAUUGCAGACCAGAAUUUGGUGAUGUCUGGCGGGCUAUAGAAAGAUUUCAGAUCAAUGAGGUCUAUCCCUGUGAAUACAACCCUGGGAAUCUGCUCUCGGUAGAGCUCACAGAUAGAUUAGUGGGCAACUGCAGCAGCAACGAGCUCUUGAAGCCCAAUCUAAUUUUUGGCCAGUUUCAGACGCUGAUAGCACACCAAAUAAUGAUGUUUUUAAGUUCUUCCAAGACUGGGAUGAUGUUUUGGCGAACAGCGUUGUCAGUCGGCCUUGGUUUUUGCUACUCUGUUAUUGUCACAGCUUUCACCAAAUUAGCUUCCUUUAUUCGUUUUAGGGUUUUUGUGGCCGAUGAAUUAUCAGAAGUAGACAUCCUUUACUUUGAAGCUCAUUUGCAAGCUCUCUUCUUAUUUGUUGCUAGCAUGUUCAGCUUUUUCUGGCUAGAUGCAGAUUAUGAACAGCACUUGGAUAAAGUCAUUGAGCAUUUCCUUAUAUCAAUGCAUAAAGUAUUUUUUUAAAACCA